AUGCUCGCACUCGGAAAGACUGCGCCGAAUCCGCUGGUGACACUUUCCAGUCCCCGCGCACCUGGACCUAGUCACGGACGUCGCAACGCGCGGGACAAAUUUGAGGUGCGGCGCCUUCUUGCACUGACCUUGGCCGCAUGCCGCUUUCUGCGGCCUCCGUUGACAAGAGCCAAGACUGCGCUUCACGUUCUGCUGGUGCCCGCUGGUUCGGACUUCUGGGGAGUCGAGGUGAUCGACAGCCCGGGACGAGGUAAAGGCUUGGCCACCACACGCGCAAUCCCAGCAGGCGGCGAGAUCUUGGCAGAGGCCCCGCUCUUCGUCAAACCUGCGGGAUGGUCGAUUCGCAGGCUAGCCAUACAGCUGCAGAACAUCUCAGAGGAACUCCGGACAAGGUUGUUGGAGUUGAGCCAAGCUCCGCAGACUGGGUUUGCGGAGCAGGAUACCGGCGAUGGUGCAGAUGGGGCGCUACUCAGAGUGGUGCGUGCCAACGGCGUCCAGUCCUUCGACGGGUCCACAUCGGUUUGCCGCCUGGUCUCCAGAGCGAACCACGCUUGCCAGCCGACCGCAACGCUUUGCCCCGAGCCUGGCGGCGCCAUUCGCUUGGUUGCGCUCCGGGCUCUGGAGCCAGGAGAAGAGAUCUUGGUCUCCUACCUCUCCGGUGAGGACCUUCUGCGGCCAACCUGGGCCCGACGCCGAGAACUGCUGCGCGGGCCCUGGGGUUUCCAUUGCGAGUGCGAGCGGUGCCGGGAGAAGGAUCUCACUCGUGGGAUGCAGUGCUUAAACUGUGGUGCCGGUUCACACUACCCUCUUGAAGAUGGGAGCUGGUCUUGUUGCGAGACGUGCGGACAUGCAGCCCCAUCCAGCGCAAAAGUUGCAGAGGCCGAGUCCUUCUGGCAAGCAGCUUUGCAGGGCCUUGACAAUGCGGCUGAGCCACAGUACCGAGAACUCGCAGUCCAGCUGCAUCGCCGUCUCCAAGGUCUCGGGCUGUGGCCGCGGGCGAGGCAACACUGGGUUGCGGCGUGGGCUGCCAGAGCAGCAGCCGCAGUGCACCAGGAGGCGCAGGACUUUGGCCCAGCGAUAGCUGCAGCAAAGCAGCUUCAAGCAUACGUGCGCCACGUGCGUGGGCGGUCCCUGGUUGCCUUGCAUGCCGAGGCGUUGGCAUUCCGAGCUCGGGGUGCGCAGGGCUUGGCGGAGAAGUGCGGCAGCAUGCGUGCAGGACGCGUGGCAAAGAUCCAUGCAGAAAGGGGCUUGCAAGAAGCUGAGCCGAUCCUCGGCAUGCGCCAUCCCCUCGUGAGGUCGCUGGAGCGUCUCCGAAGCGGCCUCAGCGAGGACGGCGAGGCGCUGGAUGAGACCACUGCGACCUCGGGGCAUCUCGGAGCGAGAUUUUUCCGCGGCCCAAGCGCCGCAGGGGUCGCCUGCACGAUGGUCGGGGCGGCCGGGGUCGCCGGAGACAAAAAAGCUGCAGAUGCCGGCAGGAUUCGGGUGAAUGAGUCACUCAACAAGGCAUUUGCAUCCUUCGCAAUGGUUCUCCUCUUCUUAGAGGUCGGAGUUGCCAAGAUGGGCUUCUACGUUGUCGGAAGCGCAGUGCCCUUCCUUGAGCUCAUGGCCAACUGCUCCUACAAGUUUGUCCCAGUCACCAUGAUGGUCCUCGCCAGGAUAGUCACUGGACAAAAUCCGAUCUACUGGGUGUUCUUCGCCUACUUCGCAGCCACAGCUGCCUGGGCUAUCCGACGCUUUCUCCUCCAUUUUGAGCCCUCUGGGACGAGAGAGCAGUAUGGUGUGGCUCCGAGCGCAAUGCACGGCCACAUGAUCCUUGGGUUAGCCUUGGUUCAGCUGCCGCUCUGCUGGUUCCUGACACCAUCUGCUGCAGCUCCUGCUGCUGCUGCCGCCCCACCUCGGUAG